AAUUAAUUUAUUUUUUAAAUUGAUAUUUUAUGAUAAAAAGAAAAAUCGGAAAAUCCAGCGAUUGGAGCCGAGAUUGGCUUGGCGUGCUCUUUUCUACAUUUCAAAGUUCUCUCAGCUUCUUUCUCUCUCUCUCUCUCUCGCUUUCGAGAUCAUCGAACACAAUCAAAACGAAGAAUCACUUGAAGAGGAAGGAGGAAGAAGAAGAAGAAGAUCGAGAAGCUUAAUGGGUUGGAUCCCGUGUUCUGGGAAAUCGAGCGGGAGGACUAAGACAAGGAGGAACGGUGACCAAAAACUCAACAGGAAGUCUUCUGAUUGUUCUGUCUCUACUUCAGAGAAAUCUAAGGCCAAGUCGUCCUUGAGUCUAUCCAAAAGUAAAGGCUCUGAUCACAUUGUGGCACAAACGUUUACAUUCUCUGAGCUAGCUACUGCCACUAGAAACUUCAGAAAAGAAUGUCUUAUAGGAGAAGGUGGAUUUGGUAGAGUUUACAAAGGAUAUUUAGCCAGCACUGGCCAGACAGCGGCUAUCAAGCAACUUGAUCAUAAUGGUUUACAAGGAAACAGGGAGUUCCUCGUCGAGGUUCUCAUGUUGAGUCUUCUUCAUCACCCCAAUCUUGUUAACUUAAUAGGAUAUUGUGCUGAUGGAGAUCAAAGGCUUCUAGUGUACGAGUACAUGCCUUUAGGUUCACUUGAAGAUCAUUUGCACGACAUUUCACCUGGUAAGCAGCCACUUGACUGGAACACCAGAAUGAAAAUAGCUGCAGGUGCUGCAAAAGGAUUAGAGUAUCUGCAUGACAAAACCAUGCCUCCAGUGAUCUAUCGAGAUUUGAAAUGCUCAAAUAUUUUGCUUGACGAUGAUUACUAUCCAAAGCUAUCCGACUUCGGAUUGGCUAAACUUGGCCCAGUGGGUGACAAGUCUCAUGUGUCGACUCGAGUUAUGGGAACAUACGGAUACUGUGCUCCCGAGUAUGCAAUGACAGGCCAACUAACACUCAAAUCAGACGUUUACAGCUUCGGUGUUGUUCUGUUGGAGAUUAUAACCGGUAGGAAAGCAAUAGACAGUUCAAGAUCCACUGGAGAACAGAAUCUAGUUGCAUGGGCUAGGCCUUUGUUUAAAGACAGGAGGAAAUUCUCUCAAAUGGCUGAUCCAAUGCUUCAAGGUCAAUACCCUCCGCGAGGGUUGUACCAAGCACUCGCUGUAGCAGCGAUGUGCGUACAAGAGCAGCCAAAUCUUAGACCUCUCAUUGCUGACGUGGUCACUGCACUUUCUUACCUCGCCUCCCAGAAGUUCGAUCCUCUGGCUCAGCCAGUCCAAGGCUCCCUUUUCGCUCCCGGGACUCCACCUAGAUCAAAGAGGGUCUGAAGAUAAUCCCGAGAACCGCAAUGCUGUGUAAGUUAUUUAGCUUAAACCCAUACCGGGCUGUCUUUCUUGAGGAGGAAAGGUGGAUGAUUUUCAGACUAAGUGUGGAAAGUAUGGCUUAAGAGCUGCUUGUAGAUAUGUGUAAGAAGAGAUAGAUUCAUAUAGAGGCCGGUUUAUAAUGUUGUUAUAGGUAAUGUUGUUUGAUGUAAUGUUUAUUGAGCACUUGCUCUGAAAUGUGACAGUUUCUCAUUAUUGUAUUGAGGAUGUCUGUUUUGAUUCCAAAGUUAUUGUAUAACUAUUAAAAUACUAUAGUUUUCAAAACGUUUUAUGUUUGAGA